CUCACGCAUAUCGGGAUCUCAGGUAAGGCAAGGCCGAGGGAGCGAGCGGGCGAAGAAUCCAUUGGGAUUAUUGGGAUUCAUUAGAAUGGAUAUGCCGCUUCCCCAAGGAGGCGUGAGGGUAGCCGAAAAGUGUUGGCGAUGGGUGCCAUCCGAGCAGCGCUGGUGGAGACGUCCACUUGGCUAGAUGGUUUUGCGACGAAUAGACCAUGGAUGGGCCAUGAACGGCCCAUGAGCGGUACAUUGAUGAUCGACAAAUGCGUCGUGGAUGGGUGAAUGCCUGCUCAUGAACUCACAAGACCGCCUCGUGCGCCGACUCAACCGCACUUGCAACCGACAUGGGCCCUCCAUGCUCCACAACUCGGUGCCGGCCAUCGACACUGCUCCUUUUCGGCAGGACACAAUAUCGGCUCAAACCUCAUCCAGCCGAUAUGCAGCGCUCUCAAGGCCAACCAGAAACUCAAGCAUGUUAAUCUGAGCUAUAAUCGCCUGGGCGACGACGAGGUUAUUGAGCUCUGCAAAGUACUUGAAACGCACCAAGGCAUCGAUACCCUCAAUAUGCAGUACAACAUGGUCAGCGACGAAGGAGCCGUGGCUCUGGCGGAUGUUCUGAAAACCAACAAGUCCCUCCGACACAUCGACUUGUUCUUCAACCAUAUUGGAGACCGGGGUGCCAUUGCGCUUGCAGAGUCGAUGCACGAUCAACCCAAGCUGUACAAGGUCAAUCUUCGAUGCAACAUGUUGGGUUACCAAGGAAAUCGCGCCAUCAGGAUGAUCGAGGAUCAACUGGCUGUUCGAACAUAGUCACCAAACGGAGCGACCGUGUGAGCCCGGAGCGGUGCAGCGGGGAUGUCGGGACGACAGGAGAGAAGCGGCUGGCGGCGUUCCGAAGAUACCACACUUGUCCGGAGCGACGCAGUCGAUAUUCCGCUGUGGUGGCCAGAGGGGCCCAUUCGAUUCCGUAAUGAAGUCGUCGCACCGAGGUGCCUCCUUGGGCUUUGUCGUCGCCUUGUGAUCUCCCCGGCCACGAGCGGUGCGAUGGAUGGGCG